AUGUUCGGGCACAUGGUAUCUACUCGGUCUGCUACUGCUCGGCUCGGCGCGAUGGCGGUCGCCCAGGGUACCAAAGCGGAAAUCAUAACGACGAAGCGGACCUCAACUGGUCCGCAGCCUUCUCGUACUCGGUUCGGUCGCCUUCGCGCGCAUCUCGCCGAGUUCGCCGUUGGUGGGAGGGCAGCGCGAGAGGUCUAUGACACUCUUGAGCUGCGAAUCCUCAUCUUCUCUUUGGUCGACAGGGACACGCUGGCGGGGAUGAUGCGGCUGGAGGUGGCGGCGGUCGAGAGCGUAGCGGGGGUGCUGUACAGGAGAGUAGCGGGGCUAUAUGCGCACAAUAUGGAUACCACAACGCCUCGCCAAGUACUCUGCUGUCGAGCUGUACGCGUUGUCGAUCUAAACCCCAUCGCAUCACUCGACAAACCCAUCAAGGAGAUGGAGAGGGCGUACGAUGAGCCAGCCGAGCUUCUGCCCGAGAUAGAAGCUUGGCGAGGGCAAUUCCCACUCCUACGUACCAUACUCAACGACAUCCCCUUCGAGCCGCGGAGCGACGGCUACAUCGUCCAUUUGCGGAACGCGGACGGGGAUAUCCACAUCGACCUCGAAAAUCACAUUUUCGUCGAUACGGCUGAGCGCUGCUCCCCCAAAGCCCUCCCGAAGUUCUCCCCCUGCCCUACAGCCACUGGUAUGACCAUCAAUCACACCAUCGCGCUGAAUGUCUAUGACAGCUACGAAGAGGAUAUCUGCGACGAGGAGGAGCUCGACGAGGCGGACAAUUUCCAGCAGUGGAAGGCUUGGCUGUACGAUCCUGCCAAUCUGGAUCGAAGGGUGUCUAGCGUUAUGCUAGACGUAGGAAUCUAUGAAGAGCGGAUCUGGGAGGGUUUUUCGCUCGAGCUCGGCUUCGAGGAGGCGGUCGCGCUUGUGGAGCGGCGGGCUCGGGAUGGGCUACGCUACCUCGCCAUUCCCGCCGUCACCAUCCACCGGAUCGGAUUCCAGGCGUCCAUCACCUUAUUGGACGAUCUCUUCCCGCACCUCCAGGAAUUGGUCAUCACGCCGUCGGGACGGUAUACAAUCUCGCUGGACUGCCCGGUCGUAGGCCUUCCUCACCUACGGCGCUUAGUCUGCGAAGAUCUGAGCGAGCGGGAAGAUCCGCUCGAGCUGGCUGGGAUCUUCCACCGGGUCGGAUUAAAUCAGUACGCACACCUCCACGAGCCGCGCCGAGGCCCCUUCGAGCUGGACGCAUAUUAUGACAAGAAGGACACUCGGUCUGACAAUGAGGACAUUCGCCGGGACCCUAACGAGUACUACGCCUACCCCGGGUACAGCUCUCCGCCCUGGUAUCCCGACUAUGAGGCCGCGGGAGAUGGAGAGCUCUGGACGGAAGACAUGAUGGCUACGAUGUUCUGA